GAGGGCAGCUUCGGAGCGAGGGAAGUCAGUUCGAUUGGGUGGAGGUUAGAGCAGCGCAAUUUCGGCCCGAAGCACGUGAGCCAUAAUUUUUUGAAUGUUAACAUGCCAAACAGCAGCAAAUCGGCUAUCACUCUCAUUCGGACAUACACACGCUACAUAAUGGAAGCAGAGGAGCGGCCCACGAAGCUGAGGAAGCUAGACACACAAGAAACUGCUGCUGAAGUGACAGCGGUCACUCCCUUGCUGUCGGACGCUACUGCCACCCUCCCAGAGUCAUGCACUGCCGAACCAUCACACACCAGUAAGCCAGAAGAGCAUACUGCUAAUGACGCAGAUUCCGCCGCCGAGGCUUCUGAAGAUGAGCAUGAGUCCGACGGUGGCGUAGCCACGGAGCCACAGCAUCCUUCUCAAGAAAAUGGCGAGCCCGCAAAGCCCAUGUCCAAGAACCAAAUAAAGAAACAACGCAAACGGGAAGAGUGGGAGGCUGCUCGGGACUACCGCAAAGUCAAACGGAAGCAGAAAUUACAAGAGAAAAGAGCCAGGAAGAAAGCGGCACGAGAGGAGGCAGCAGAACAGGAACAACAGGAUGGAGACACUGCGCCAGAUCUACAACUACAACGACAGCCCAAGCCCAAAUACCGCCGUCCGGUCCAGCUGCCCGUCACGAUCCUGAUUGACUGCGGCUUCGACGACCUGAUGAUGGAGAAGGAGCGGAUCUCGCUCGGCUCGCAGAUCACACGGUCCUACUCGGACAACUAUCGAGCUCCGUUCCAGGCGCAUCUCGUAAUAAGUUCGUGGGGAGGACUUCUCAAGGAGCGGUUCGACACGGUCCUAAGCAAGCACUAUCUCAACUGGAAGAAUGUGGUCAUCGAAGAGAAUGAUUUCGUCGAGGCGGCGAAGAAAGCGGACGAGUUCAUGCGCGGUCCUAGCGGCGGAAAAAUGGCUGGGAUGUUCGAACGAUUUGCCGCUCCCGACGGAGUUGUCAAGCACGACGACUCUGAGAAAGUCGACGGUAACAAGGUUCAUGCCUCGAACGGAAACCGGGUUGAAGUUGAAGCACCAGACCCGUCUUUGAACACUGCCGAAUCCGUUGGGUACACCUCGACGAUACCAGAGAAUCCAGAAUCUGCACAAAAAGAUAUCCCUCCUUCAGACUCUACAGGCCCGCUAGAGCACACCGGCGAGAUCGUCUAUCUGACCUCCGACUCGCCCGAGACUCUGACCGAGCUGUCGCCCUACUCGACGUACAUCGUCGGCGGCCUGGUCGACAAGAACCGGCACAAAGGCAUAUGCUACAAAAUCGCGAAAGAACGGGGCAUCAAGACCGCCAAGCUGCCGAUCGGCGACUACCUGAAGAUGGCGUCGCGCAAGGUCCUUGCUACAAAUCACGUCGUCGAGAUCAUGAUACGUUGGUUGGAGUGCGGGGACUGGGGCGAGGCUUUCAUGAAGGUCAUUCCCAAGAGGAAAGGCGUCAAGUUGAGGGAGGACGAGGACGAGCACGAUCAGCAGGACAGUCCGGCUACUAAUGACAACGACGAGGUUGAGCACGACGACGCGGGAGAUCAAGAAGAGGCCGAUGACAAGCCGAUAGAGGCCUCCUCCUGAACAUGCUGCGGAGCUUCUAAUGUAGAUCUCGUUGGCACGAUAAAUCUGCGACAUCAUAUAGACUGAUGGAGUCUCCACGGCUAAGGCCAUAGAACAAGGCAGCCAGCCCUUUUGUUGUACCGAAACUUCCGUCGCAUUCCAACGCCUACUACCUGCCUCGCAUUACUUCGUAGUCUCAUCACAUAACGCUACAAUUUUCCAUCGAGGACUUCAUCGUAUCAAUAUAUCCGGCCUCAGUUUCAGCCUCUUCUUCCAACGCACCUGGCUUUCUCUUGACGCCCUUCACAGUCAUCGUCUGUUCUCCGACACCGUGCCACCACUUCAUGACUUGCAUACUCUCACCGUCCACAUCCACGGCAUCGAUCCUCCAUCUACCUCCACUCACAUCG